AUCGAGUUACUUACGCGGGCAGGAUACCCUGCUUUUGUUCAAUUCGGAGAGAGAGAGAAAGAAAAACCCCGAUUCUUCCGAGAAUUUUUUCGAUCCUCUUCGAUGGCGAUUUUCAUCAACUGAUGCAUCAUCUCGAUCGAAGCUCUCCAUCUCUUCUUCGAUGGAGGAAAGCCGCAAGCUCUACCCUGAUAUAUUCGCCGAAGAAUCCCAGCCGUUGGAGGCUAGGGUUUCUCAUCUAAGCCUUGGCGGAGAACAUGAUCAGGUUUCUUGCAUUGAGAAACAGAGCAUGGAUGGCCCUUCCACGGGGAUUGGCGACAUGCCUAGUCAAGGAAUGACUCUGGCCCGAGAAUGUCAUGCCAACAAACCUCUUCAUGUUGGGGAGAACAACAGACAUGAGGAUGUGGGUCAUCAGAAACUAGGUAGAUACUUCUAUUACGAUUCGCCCCUUCAUGAAGAAACCGGAAUUUGGAUACCUGUCUCUGUUCCACCCAUGUCGGAAAGCGAUCACGAGGAAUGGAGCAGAGGCUUUGGGCCUAAUGGAGGCUUCUUCCCUGAAGGGGACAUGGGUUGGGGUCAUUUUCUUGGAGAAGAUAAGGCACUGACCAUGUGGGAUGUGGUAAUCGAGAUGUUGCUUGCUGCUCGUGGGAAAGUCAGUUCUCUUGCUUCUGGUGAGCUUCAUAGAUGUAGAAUGUCAUGGAUAUCGGGCCAUCUUCUCGAGCAAGCUUGGAAAGAGAUGGCACAAACUCUCACUGAGGCAAAUUUCGGCAAUGUGAAUGAAAUUCUUGAAAAGGAUCCACCAAAAUGGUUGGCUGACAGUGCUGCUUCAGCAUGCAUGCUGUGUAGUGUGCGGUUCCAUCCAAUCAUGUGUUCUCGGCAUCAUUGCCGAUUCUGCGGUGGGAUAUUUUGCAAUGAGUGUUCUAAGGGGAGGAGCUUAUUGCCAGAGAAGUUCCGCUCCAGGGAUCCACAACGGGUUUGCGAUGUUUGCUGCGUGCGCCUUGAGUCUGUUCAGCCAUUCUUAAUGAAUCAAGUAAGUCAUGCUGCACAGCUGCCAACCCAUGAUCUGACUGACCUCAGUACUUUGAGGUCUUGGUUAAAUUUUCCAUGGGGACAAUCAAUGGAAUAUGAGAUUUAUAAGGCUACAAACACGAUACGGGGUUAUAACAAGGUGGGUUCCAUGAGACCUGAAAAGUUGAUUCCGGAUGCAAUUCUAAGACACGCAAAAGGCCUCGCAAUUCUUACUGUUGUGAAGGUUGGUGUGAUGGCUACCUAUAACAUUGGGACAGGGCUUGUUAUUGCUCGCAGAGAAGAUGGGUCAUGGUCUCCGCCCUCUGCCAUUUCUUCUUUUGGUUUUGGAUGGGGAGCUCAGUUUGGAGGGGAGUUGACCGAUUUCAUAAUUGUUCUGAGGACAGAGGAUGCCAUCAAGACAUUUAGUGGAAAUGUACAUUUCUCACUUGGGGCAGGUCUCAGUGCAGCUGUUGGCAUUGUUGGCCGGGCAGCUGAAGCGGAUGUUCGUGCAGGUGAUGGUGGCUAUGCAGCUUGUUAUACAUAUAGCUGCAGUAAAGGUGCAUUUGUAGGAUGUUCGCUGGAAGGAAGUCUGGUCACCACCCGUACAUCUGAGAAUUCCCGAUUCUAUGGUAGUUCAUCCAUCAAGGCAUCAGACAUUCUCCUUGGGUCAUUCCCUCGACCGCCUGCAGCUACCAUUCUCUACCAUGCUCUGUCAGAUCUAUUCCAGAAGCUUGAUAAAUGAUAUGAUCAAUCACUCUUAUCGGUAUGGUCCUGUCUCCCCUAAAGAAAUGCUGGAAAAGGUACCUGCUGAGCGGUAGGAUUGCUUCUGUAGCUUUUAUGUGCAGCUUUGUCACUCCAAAUCAAAUUAUCAGCACCUAUUCUUCAGUUCCUUGUAAAGCAAUCGAUAAUUCGGUAUAUAAAUGGUUGUACAGUCCAGAAAAUUUCACAAAUUAUCAUUCCUUCUAUACAAGAAAUACUAUCAGGGGAUUGAUUGAUGGACCUUAAAACUAUCUGGUUGUAUAUAUAUAGACUUGCACAUGGACUGGCAAUAAUUACCAAAUAAUUGUGAAAAGAAAAUUUCUCUAAUUGACUUGCGAUCAGUUUGUCCAA